AUGCAGCGUCUUCUCGGCCUCUCCAUCAACAUGCUCCGGGGCGAUGCGACUCCGGCGGCCGCGCCGGUCCCGAACCAGGUUGAGGUCGGCGCCAGCAGCAGCAUCGACGUUGCGCCGACGACGGAGCGGCGACCGUCCAUGCGCCCGACGGCGCUGCCCCCGCCCCUCGAGAAGGCCGAGAACCCGCAAGCGAACCUCAAGGCCAAGAUCCUCGAGAUACAGACCAACAAGUCGCUGACGCCGAAGGAAAAGGCGGACGGGAUGCAGAAGCUUAUGAUGCAGCAAUGGAACGAAGCGCAGGAGCGCUUGACGCCCAAGGCUGUCGAGAAGCCCGAGACGCCGAUCACGGACGCCGACCGGACCGUCGUCACGUACCAUGAUGCAGACAAGACCAUCAUGGGAUGCCAGCAUUACCAGCGCAAGUGCAAGCUGUACGCCAAGUGUUGCAACAAGUUCUACUCGUGCCGCUUCUGCCAUGACGAGGCUGAGAAGCACACAUUUGAUCGGUACGAGACCGAGAAGAUCUCGUGCAUGCAGUGCCAUACCGUCCAGCCGGUCGGUAAGACGUGCACGAACGCGGCCUGUGGCAUGGAGUUUGCUCGCUACUUUUGCGACGUGUGCAAGUUCUACGACGACGACCCGACCAAGGACAUUUACCACUGCGAAAAGUGCCGCAUCUGCCGCAUCGGCAAGGGCCUUGGCAUCGACUACUUCCACUGCGACAAGUGCAACGCGUGCAUGAGCAUUACGCUCAAGAAGCACAAGUGCGUCGAGCGGUCCCUCGAGUCGGACUGCCCGAUUUGCCACGUGUACAUGUUUACGUCGACGACGCCCGUCAUGUUCCUUCCGUGCGGGCACUGCAUGCACGUCGCUUGCUACGAAGACUACACACUCACCAACUACAUUUGCCCGCUGUGCUCCAAGUCCCUCGGUGACAUGCGCACCUACUUUGCACGCAUUGACGACCUUCUUGCACAAGAGCAAAUGCCGCCCGAGUACGCCAACUACCGAUCGCAGAUCUACUGCAGCGACUGCGAGCGCAAGUCGGAGACCAAAUUUCACUUUGUCUACCACAAGUGCCAAUACGAAGAAUGCAAGUCGUACAACACCAAGGUGCUCAAGAACAUUCAGCUUCCACCGGAUGCGGCGCCGCCCGCAGCACCGACACCUUUGUUGCGGGCGUCGGGUGGCACGCCCACGGUACGCCGACCGUCGACGACGACGUCGAGCAACAUCACCGCGUCCGUGCGUCGGAAUUCGACGCCGGGGCCCACGCGCAACUAG